CCCCUGUUUUGACGUGCAGCCCCGGGCCGAGCCCGAGCCCCGGCGCCCCCAUGGCCGCGGCCAAGGCCGAGAUGCAGCUGCUGCCCUCGCUGCAGAUGGCCGAUCCCUUCAGCUCCUUCCCGCACUCGCCCCCCACCAUGGACACCAACUACCCCAAGCUGGAGGAGAUCAUGCUGCUGGCCGGCGGGGGGCCCCAGUUCCUCGGCUCCACCGGGGGGCCCGAGAGCGGCGGCGGAGGAGGAGGCGGCGGAUUCAACCCCGCCGGCGAAGGAGGGGAGCAGUCCUUCGAGCAUCUCGCGGCAGAUCCCUUCCCGGAGAUGUCCCUGAGCGGCGAGAAAGCGCUGGCGGAGAGCGGCUUCCCCAGCCAGACGGCCCGCCUGCCGCCCAUCACCUACACGGGCCGCUUCUCGCUGGAGCCCGCGUCGUCGUCGUCGUCGGGGGGCGGCGGCAACGGGACGCCGCUGUGGCCCGAGCCCCUCUUCAGCCUGGUGAGCGGCCUGGUAGGCAUGGCCAGCCAAGCGUCCUCGGCCUCGCAGCCCACCUCGGCGGCCGCCUCGCCCGGCCCGGCGCUGAGCUGCUCGGUGCAGGCCAGCGACCCCAGCCCCAUCUACUCGGCGGCGCCCACCUACCCCAGCCCGGGCGGCGGCGGCGGCGGGGGCAGCGAGAUCUUCCCGGAGGCGUCGAGCCAGCCCUUCCCCAGCCCGUCGGGCCCCUCGCUGCAGUUCGCGCCGCCCGCCUACCCGGCGGCCAAGGGCUCCUUCCAGCUGCCCAUCAUCCCGGACUACCUGUUCCCGCCGCAGCCGUCGGGCGAGCUCAGCCUGGAGCAGAAGCCCUUCCCCAGCCCGCCGCCCUCGCUCACGCCGCUCUCCACCAUCAAGGCUUUCGCCACGCAGAGCGGCGGCGGCCCGCAGGAGCACAAGAGCCUCCCGGGGGGCGGCGGGGGCGCCUACCAGGCGCAGCUGGUCAAGCCCAGCCGCAUGCGGAAGUACCCCAACCGGCCCAGCAAGACGCCGCCCCACGAGCGGCCCUACGCCUGCCCCGUCGAGUCGUGCGACCGCCGCUUCUCGCGCUCCGACGAGCUCACCCGCCACAUCCGCAUCCACACCGGCCAGAAGCCCUUCCAGUGCCGCAUCUGCAUGCGCAACUUCAGCCGGAGCGACCACCUCACCACCCACAUCCGCACCCACACCGGCGAGAAGCCCUUCGCCUGCGACGUCUGCGGCCGCAAGUUCGCCCGCAGCGACGAGCGCAAGCGGCACACCAAGAUCCACCUGCGGCAGAAGGACAAGAAGGCCGACAAGGGCCAGCCGCCGCCGCCCCCGCCGCCGGGGGGCGCUGCCGCCGCCGCCUCGCCCCUGGCCCCCUACAGCGCCUCGCCGGGGGCCCCCGCCUCCUUCCCUGCCCCUGCCUCCUACUCGCCCCCCGUGACGACAUACGCGCCCCCCGUGACCUCCUACUCUUCGCCCGUAACGUCCCCCUUCCCCUCCUUCCCCUCGUCCUCGGUGGCCACCAGCUACGCGGCCAUCGCCUCCUCCACCUUCCAAAGCCAGGCGGCGGCCACCCCUUUCCCCUCGCCCGGAGGCCUGGGCGGCCCCUUCGGCCCCCAAGUGACUUCGGCCCUGUCCGACAUGGCCUCCGCCUUCUCGCCCCGGACAAUCGAGAUCUGUUGA